CCAUCACCCCGCCAAAUAUUUUGAGCGCCACUGACUUUCCAUUUUGUUGACAUUACGUCAACUGCCACUGACAGUUAUAAAAUUGAGGUUAUGUAAACCCAAACUUUGAAAACAAUUAAUAUAAAUGCACUAAUUUAACGUAAACUCAGCACAAUUUACCAAAUCGCAACGACACGCCACUUUCUUCUCCAUAUUUGCCACACUUUCCCAAAAUGUCAUCCCGAAUGAAAAAGAAAAACAGGAUGUCCUGGCUCGAACGCGUGGACCCCGACGUCCUCGAAGCCACCUCCGAGAAUUUCCGCAUCGAAGUCGACAAAGCCUUCCAGGCCUUCCUCUCCGAUGACUCCAACAAAGAAUAUUCGUUCCCGCCGAACCUGAACAACUUCGAACGCAAACACAUCCACCAGAAGGCCGCCAUGCAUAAUUUGGUGUCGCGGUCGCACGGGAAAGACCCUAACAGAGUCCUAACAAUUUACAAAAAAGGUCACAAAUCAAACUUCGAGUCGUUUUAUAUCGAUAUUUCCGCGGAGUCGGCUCGCGAGUUGGAGAGGGUCAUGCAGUCGUACACUAUAGACAAUCCGUAUAAGAACACAGUGAGGUUGAAUUGUUGCGAUAAGGUUUUCGGGAAGUUGUCGCUGGGGCCGCCGCCGGAGGUGUCCGAGGCUAGACCGACCCCCCACAUUCGGAACUUCCAACAACAACUCCCUAUAUACGAAAUGCGGAACACUAUAGUGUCGAAAGUUAGGAGCAACGACGUGUUGAUCCUGUCGUCGGAAACAGGUUCCGGUAAAACUACUCAAAUUCCUCAGUAUAUCAUGGACGAUGCGAGACAAAGGGGCGAACGGUGUCGCAUUUUGUGUACUCAACCUCGCCGAAUUUCCGCGGUUUCAGUGGCGGAGCGCGUGGCUCAAGAGCGGGGCGCCAGUGUCGGCGAAACCGUCGGCUACCACAUCCGCCUCGAGUCCAAACUAGGAACCAACUGCAACCUAAUCUACUGUACAAACGGAGUCCUAAUCAGGAGUUUAAUGUCCGGCGACCGCGUCCUCUCCUCCCUCACCCACAUCAUCAUCGACGAAGUGCACGAGCGCGACAAGCUUUCCGAUUUCCUGUUAAUUUGUUUGAAGGAGAGUCUUCGGAAAGGGGUUAAAAUCAAGCUGGUUUUGAUGUCCGCGACGAUCAAUGUGGACAAGUUCCAGUCGUACUUCGACGGAGCGGAGAUGCUCUCCAUUCCCGGGCGACUGUUCAACAUCAAGCAGCUGUUCUUGGACGACGUGCUGGAGUUGACGGGGUACGACGCGGUGGUCCUCGAGACGAAAAGUUUGUUUAGUGAGAAUUCGGUGUUUCUGACUGAGGAGCAGAAUUCGCAGUACGAUGAUGUGAUUAUGCAGUGCAUGCAUUGCUUGGGGCUAGAGAGGGAGCAAGCUUGGGCGCAAUUGUUGCAUUAUUUGUUGUCGGAUGGGAUGCCGGUGAACUACCAGCACUCGGAGAAUGGGUUGACGGCGCUGAUGGCGGCGGUGUAUCAGGAUAAUAUCGACAUUGUUGAGAAGCUUGUCACUUUUGGUGCUGACCCGUGCGUCCAAGCCAAAAGUGGCGCCACCGCCAUCAGCAUAGCCGAGGACAAAAAUCUAGAAGAAACCCUUCUAGUUCUCGGUAUGGCGUCACGUCCGGUCGUUCCAAGAGAAGAACUCCUCACCCACUACUACAAAACGUGUACAGACGACGACAUAAACUAUGAUUUGUUAAUUAAAUUGAUUUGUACCAUACACACUCAGUAUAACAACGGCGCUAUAUUAGUUUUCUUGCCGGGAUACGACGACAUUAUGAUAUGUAACGACAGAUUGCUGGAGACGGACUUAGAUAAGAACACAUACAGAGUAUUUUAUUUGCACAGUUCCAUGAACAUACGAGAACAACACGAGGUUUUCACGCACCUGGGGAGCGUGCGCAAGAUCAUCCUGUCGACGAAUAUUGCCGAAACGAGUUUGACGAUUGAUGACGUCGUCUACGUAAUCGACUGCGGGAAAGCCAAAAUCCAGACGUACGACUCGUGUAGCGGCUUGUCUUCCCUGCAAACCCAGUGGAUUUCCAAGGCCUGUGUGAAACAGCGCGCCGGUCGCGCAGGCCGUACUCAGUCUGGUAUAUGCUUUCACCUUUUCUCAAGGACACGAUAUAGCUCAUUCCUCGAAGAAAAAAUCCCCGAGAUUCUUCGAGUGCCUUUAGAAGAACUGUGUUUGAACACGAAGACUUUGGCAGGGAAUUUGACUUCCAUUUAUGAUUUUCUUGUCAAAGCUCCGGAUCCUCCGACUUCACACACCGUGAAAACUGCCAUUGAAAACUUGGAGUGUUUAGGAGCUUUGGAUAAAGACGAAAAUUUGACGCCUCUUGGAGAGUAUUUGAGCCAGUUGACCAUCGAACCGCACUUAGGGAAAAUGCUUAUUUAUUCGGUUAUUUUUAAGUGUUUGGACCCGAUUUUAACAAUCGUGGCGUCGUUAGCCCAAAAAGACCCUUUCCAACUGCCCGCCCAAGCGAAUUUAAGAACGUAUGCAGCUGACAAGAGGAAGAGUUUGAUGGCUAACACCUACAGCGACCACAUGGUGUAUCUAAAAGCGUUUAUUAAGUGGCAAGAUUCGGUAAAAUAUAGGAGAGAACGACUUUUUUGUCGCGAUUUUUUCAUAAGCCCUUCCACUAUGGAAACCAUUCUGAAGACUAGGUCACAACUGCUGGGUCAAUUGAGGGCUGCAAAGUUCGUGCCGACUAAUGGAACCUCGAUCAUGGCGCUGAAUGCUCACUCAGAGAAUUGGCCUCUAGUGAAAGCUGUUAUCUCGUCAGGGUUGUAUCCUAAACUAGCUUUCAAGAAAAGUGGCCAUUAUUGCACUAGGACUGAGAAGCGGGUCUUGAUUAAUAAUGCCAGUCCGUUGAGUAAAGUCUGUCUAUCGUUGUGGCUGGUGUAUGACGAGAUGGUCAAAGUGAGGAAUGGGCAUCAAGUUAGAGGGGUUACGCCGAUUACGCCCAUCACUAUCUCCUUAAUGUGCGGUAUCAAAGUCAACUACCCCAUGGAAAACUACCUCGAAAUCGACGAAUGGCUAGAGUUCGAGUUCCCCUCCCCGCACAUCAUCUACCUCCGCAAAUACAUAGAAACGAUCAUAAAGAAAAAGCUCCUCAGCCCCACCAACGCCCUCAACGAAACCGACGAAGCCGCUUUGAACGCCCUCGCCAAAGUCCUCAUCCUCGAAGACCGCAGCGCCAACCUCGCAAUCCCCGUGGGCAUUAAACAAAAACCGAAGUUCUUCGAACUGAACCGACCUUUGGACUCGUCGAGCGACCAAGGCGACUACAGAGCCGUCGCCAACGCCUACAACACGGCUCGCUUCGCUCGCAACUACCCUCCUCAAUCCAACGACCAAUUCAGCCUGAGCGACACUGCCAGCUACUACUCGACGAACGGUUACCAAAGCUACGACAACGGCAACUCCAUGCUCUUCGCCAACAGCUACCCCGGAUUGAACGUGGGCUCCAGGGGCUACCAAGUCAGCCCGUCCUUGUCCUUCCUCAACUUGAUGGAUAAUCCGUCUACGUCCGGCGCUCAAGCGUUACCUCAACCCUCGUUCCCGGGGUUCGAAAACUCGGUUUUUCUGCUGAUUAGGGUGAAGGAGGAGAGCAGCGUUAACAUCGCCUACAGCUCGAACAAGUGGGUGUUUUCGCCGCAGACGGAGAAGCACGUGAUGGCGCUGGAGAAGAGUGGUAAGACCGUGUUUCUGCUGUAUACCGUUCCCAAGAUGAACAACUUCUACGGGAUCGCCCGAUACUUCUGCUUCGAUGAGUCGAGACACAGGAUGUCGGCGGUCAUCGAAUGGGUUUUCAAAACUGUGAUUCCAUACAAGAAAGUCAGCCAUCUGCGAAACUCCUUGAACCACAAUCGGCUGAUUUACGACGGCUUGGACGGUCAGGUCAUCGAAAUGGGCGUGGCCAUGCAGUUGUGGGGGAUGUUUGCCGACAGCAGGAAGUCCAUGCAUGGUCCAUAAAUGCGACUCUUGUUAUUGUUAAUUUAAUAUUCAGAUUUUAAAACAUUUGUAAUUUUUUUAGGAUUUUAUCUUUUUCAUUUUUGUUUUAUAUGUUUCUUGUGUAAGCGUUAAGCAUUGUUUUGGUUCGAUUAUUUUAAGUUGUGAUAGGUAAAUUAUAUUAGAAAUAAUUUCACGACUUCGUUACAAUUUGGAAGGCUUUUUUAUUUAUUUUAUCAUAUACUUUUU